GUUAGUGUUGAUUUAAAAGUUGUACAUGCGAAAAUGGAUUUUGUCCCAUCGUUGCCAAUGCAAGAUAGUUCACUGCUUGCUUUCCAAUUUCUGAGGCAUUUAUGAUCUAGUAUACGUUUCAGUUCUUUAGAAAUGAGCCAUGAAUACUGCUUCUCAGCAACAGUUUAUUGUCUACAGCUGUAAAUUGGUCAACUGUUCGAUUAUUAAAGUCACACUUCACAAGUGGAAUAAAGCUCUUGUCUUUCUUAUCACUACAAGACUCGAGACUGAUGAUCAAACUAUUGCUGAAAAGGAUUCUAAUGUCAACUGCAAUUCAUAUUUAUACCAUCCCUAACUACAUUAAUAUCUUAAGAAUAAUUUUAAUCUUUUUGGAAAAAUAUUUAAGGCAUUAAUAUUACAUUCAUACUAACUAUGAUCUUCUGGAAUUUGCUUAGCACUUAGAAGAGGAAAGUGAAAUUUACUGAAUGUAAAAAGGCAGUGAUAUCGUACAUGGCUGGCUAUAUUGCCCAGAUGGUGCAAAAGAAAAUAAACUGUCCUGUUUGUCAUGAAGCAGUCAGUUCAAGAAACCAUAAAAAUGAGUCUGCUUUCUGGACUUUAAAAGACAGGGGUAAUUUGUUUAAGCCAACAGCAAGUGUUAUAGUAAUAUGCAAUGAAACAGAGAGGUGCUUUCAGAGAAUGUUUGGCAGCUACAAAUGGAAAUUUACCGCAAGGUGAGAUGUGAAAGAAACCAGUGUUUGGUAAAGAAUUUCAAGUCCCACCUAUUCCUAAACGUACAGACAAAAACGAUCGGACGUAGAUUCCAAAAUGGAAAAAUGUCUUGAAUACGUACCAUUGAAAAGUUUUAAUUGGCAUGGUGGGAUAACAAUCUUUGUCUUUACUUUAUUUGGCAUCAUCGUUUCUCCUUUUUCAAUAACUUUAUAUUUUGAUACAUCGUUUCAUUGUUAUAAUGAUAAAGUAUCAAAUUCCAAGGACGUUGAAUCAAGUUGUUUCAGACAAUACAAAGAUGGGUUAACCUUUCAGUAUUUGUGUUUUCUAUUGGUGUGUUUGAACUUUGUCAUUAUUUUAAUUUCGAGUAUUGUCUAUGGGUAUUACGUGAAGCGUCGAGUCGAACAUUUUGAUCACUUCAGUCCAACAAAAAGAAAUGAUGACGAAAAUGAACCUCUAUUGGGAAUUGGUGAAGAAACUCAUCGUUUUACCACGUUUCACAGUUGGGUCGUUUAUUUGGUUGUUCGUCUUAUCAUUUUGUUAGUGUUUGCUGUAAUACUUUUCUUAGCUCGAUUUCCCAUCGACUACCCCUGUUCGUGGCAUCCAACAAUGAAAGAAACGUUCUUGUCAAAUCACACCAUCCCUACGUCAUACUAUGCCACAUUAAUUCAUUGUAAAAAUCCAAACGGUGAUAAAGGUGAAACCUUGAUUCAAAUUGUUGCAGGCAUUGACUUCUUUGUAAUGAUGCUGACAUUUUCAGAGUUGAUUUGGUUGCUGUAUUUGGCUAUCGAUGACAAGAUUUUUACAACAGAUCGAGAAUUUUGUUUGGUGUACUUGAUGCAAAAACGUGAAAGAUUUCAAAAAUCGUUGGCAAGGAUUAUAAAAAAUUUUGACCCAAGCAAUGUAUUUGAAAUACAUGACGAUUUUGGUGAUCAUGAAAUUUGUUGGAAGAAUCUUGACGAUAUUUAUGUCAACAUCAUUAUACAAGCGAAACGACAAACAAGAAAUGCUUACCCUAAAGAUUUUGAAAGACAUGAAAUAUUUAAUUGUCAUCUUCAAAUUACAGAAGAUGUUAAAAAACUGAAAAAAGUGACCGAAAUUUUCAUGCCAAUUCGUGCACAAGAUCAACGGUAUCCAAGAUCAAUUUUAGUCAUUGGAAGGCCUGGAAUUGGUAAAACUAUGUUGACAAAAAAACUUAUGUAUGAAUGGAAAAAUAGUAGAGAUCGAUUUUGGCAUGAUAAACUUGUUCUUUUAUUGCGAUGUCGUGCCUUUAAGAAUGUUAAUAUUAGCUUGACAAAUCUGUUAAAAUACUGUGAUGGAUGGUCACAUCAACAUUUACUACAAUGCUACAAUUUUAUGCUUUUAUAUCAAGAAAAAACUGUCCUUAUCAUUGAUGGUCUUGAUGAGCUACCUUUUGACGAAUUUCUUAAUACUGAUGGACCAGUAGAUGUUGAUGCUGAGAUGCCAGUGUUCACAUUAUUAAGUAUGUUGGUUAGUCAUAAAUUUCUGAAAGAUGCAACUGUUCUUGUAACAUCACGACCUACUGCUGAACGCGCUUUUGAUCGUCUUAAGUUUGACAGGAAAGUAGAGAUCUUGGGGUUUUUUGAAGAUCAGAUUAAAGAAUAUGUCCAAAAGUUUAAUAGUGAAGACAAGGAAACCACUGAGCUAAUUUUGAACUGUAUUGAUAAUUCUAUUGAACUUCGUAGCCUGUGUUAUAUUCCCGUCAACACUUACAUUGUCUGUCUGACCCUGAAGGAAUGUUUUAUUAACAAUGCAGAGGAUAUUCCAAAGACUACAACCGAAUUGUACAAAAGAGCAGUGAAAAUUUUGUUUUGGAGGCACCAUCCUUGUUUUAGAGGGAAACCUUUGCCAAAGGGUUAUCUUGUCGAAGAUUUGCCGAAGGAGCUUGAGAAAGACAUGCAUGUUAGUAAAAGCCUUGCAAAAAAGGGUAUUGAGGAAGAUUGUUUGAUUUUUAAUGACCCAAAUCUCUCACAGUCACCUCAAUUGGUCAAUUGCGGCUUCUUUCAUCAGAUACAAGAUAAGCGACGCAAUUUUUAUUGUUUCAUACAUUUGACUCUUCAAGAGUUCUUUGCUGCAUGGUGUAUUGUUGACGAUCGGCAAAACAUUGGAAAGUUUUUAGACGAUCAUCACGAAGAUCCAAAAUGGUACAUGGUGAUUGAGUUUAUUGCUGGUUUAGUCGGAGAUACAAAGAAAAGAGAAAAGAUUGAAGACAUCAGUGUUGUUACAAACAGGUUAGAAAAGUGGAUCUCACAUUUAUUUUUCUCUGAGGAUAAUAAAGCACUUGGAUUUCUUGGAAUGAAGUGCUUAUACGAAUUACAAGACGACGAUGAGAUGAGAUCAGCUUGCAAGUCAAAUAAUUUUUCUAAAACAAUAUCCAUUGAUAACGUCUCUUUCACGCCUCUUGAUUCAAACGCCUUCUAUGAAUUUCUCUCUAAAUGCCGACAAUUAAGAAAACUCAAGUUUUUUUCAUGCCAAUUUCCGGAUAAUCAUAGCGUCGUUAGAUUGUCAAAAUAUUUGACAAAUGCAAAAGCAUGCAAUGUAUUCUCUUUGAAAAUUAACUCCUGUCGUGUUAAUAAUAUAUCAAAACAUAUUAGUGAAGCUUUAAAAAGUGAAAAUUGUAAACUUAGUAAAUUGGAAAUUAGAAAAAACAAUAUAGGUGAAGAAGGUGCUAAAUAUCUUAGUGAAGCUUUAAAAAAUAAAAACUGUGAACUAAGUGAAUUGGAUAUUCGUUUUAAUAAACUUAAAGAUCAAGGCGCUAAUUUGCUUAUUCAAGCUACGAAAGAUGAGAACUGUAAACUUACUAAAUUGAAGAUUUCUGGCAACAACAUAAGUAAACAAAGUGCUGAAUCUUUUACUGAAGCUUUAAAAAGUCAAAAUUGUAAACUUACUGAACUUGACGUUCACUUUCACACACUAAGCAAUGAAAAUACAAAUUCUCUUAGCAAAGCCCUAAAAAGUGAGAAUUGUAAAUACACUGAACUCUAUAUUCUUGAAAACAUUGUAACUGCUGAAGAGGUUAAAUGUUUUAGCGAAACUUUAAAAAGUGAGAAUUGUAAACUUAUUAAAUUGGAUAUUAGUCAUACUAAAAUAGCAGCGGAAGGUGCAAAGUAUCUUAGUGAAGCUUUAAAGAGUGAGAAUUGUAAACUUACUGACUUGUCUCUUUGCCAUAACAAUAUAGGUGGUGAGGGUGCAAAAUCUCUUAGUGAAGCUUUGAAAAGUAAGAAUUGUAAACUUACUAAAUUAAUUAUCAAUGAUAACAAGAUAGGUGAUGAAGGUGCAGAAUCUCUUAGUGAAGCUUUGAAAAAUGAGAAUUGUAAACUUAUUGAAUUGUCUCUAAGCGGUAACAAUAUAGGUUGUAAAGUUGCAAAAUAUCUUAGUGAAGCUUUGAAAAGUGAGAAUUGUAAACUUAUUGAGUUGUCUCUUAGCGGUAACAAUAUAGGUUGUAAAGGUGCAAAAUAUCUUAGUGAAGCUUUGAAAAGUGAGAAUUGUAAACUUAUUGAAUUGUCUCUUGUUUUUAACAAGAUAGGUAAUAAAGGGGCAGAAUCUCUUAGUGAAGCUUUGAAAAGUGAGAAUUGUAAACUUAUUGAAUUGUCUCUUAGUGGUAACAUAAUAGAAAGUCUACGUGUAAAAUCUUUAAGUAAAGCUUUGAAAAAUUAGAAUUGUAAACUUACUGAAUUGUCUCUUCAUUAUAACAAUGUAGGUGAUGAAGGUGCAAAUUCUCUUAGUGAAUCUCUUAGCAAAAUCAUAAUACUAACCUUAAUGAUAUUAGAUAUUAACUUCAACCAUUUAUAAUAUAGUUUAAUUUGCUAAUAACAUUAAACAUGCUUAAAGAAAAUAAAUUUGAGUGAAUAGCCAA